AUGGAACAGCUACAUGGACCAUUUGAGCAAAUAGACAAGUUUCGACAACUUCUAUUAAAACAUUUGGGGCGCGAAUUCAAAGAUUCUAACGGAGGAAAUCCUAGUUUUGAUUUGAAGGACAGAGACAUAAUACAGCAAUUAAAUAUAAUGGAGCACAUUGCAUUCAUCAGUAUUGACGGCCAAGAAGCUUUAGCGAAAUUGUUUGCAAUGUGUAAGUUAACCUUUCAAUCAUUUGAAUCUGCCGAUAAACCAAAUUACUUAAAUUGGAAAAAACUACUGACGAUGAUAAUGGAAUGGAAAUUAUCAUUGAAGGAUUUUGUGUCGAAAUAUAUUACAUAUCAAAGUGUAUUUGCAGCAUAUCCCCUCGAUGCGUCAGCGUUUGUAUAUCUUAUGCAGAUGCUUCCAUCGAAAGAUAAUCAACCGAUGCCAUUUGAAACAUCUCGCGACAUGCUCAAUAAAUUAGUUAUAGAUUAUGGCGUAUUCUUCGAAGAAUAUCAUUUUCUUUUCGAAGAAAAUGUGAAGUCAAGAUUUUAUAAUAAUGCCUAUAUUACGUCUUUGCUACCAGUCCUUCGUCAAUUCGAUAUUACUUUGUUGAAAUAUCUACGAACUUAUAUGUCAAAUACAAGUUUUCCUACGAUAUGGAGUAUGGUUUUGUAUUUUAGUCAGAAUCAUGCUCUAGAGGGUACACUGGAAAAUGCUCUAACGAUGAAUUUACAAUUACAGAUUAGAAAAAUAUCUAUUACGAUCACGGAAUUUAAAAACUUGUUUAAAGACACGAAAGAAUCUGCUCAACUGAUAAAGGGUCGAAAUCGAAUGCGACUUUCCCGAAUAUUACAAAGAAUAUCUCAUGUGUAUUUGUACAAAUAUUUGUACCUUGAACACCAAUCUCAUCUACUUUUCGAAUGGGAUGCAAAGGAAUUUCUAAGCGUUUUAACUCAAUUGUCGUGGGCACUUGACUAUAAAGACGAAUCCUGCUUAUUCGUUUUGAAACAUUUGCUAUUUCGCGUAAAUGAUUUUACGAAUAACAAACAUGAAAAACUGAAACAUCUCUUCCAAAGAAUCAGUAAUCUAAAUGAAGGGCUAUGUGCAACUGCCAGACCCGAAAAAAUUAUCAAAGACGAUUGGCUCAUCGAUUAUACUUAUGAUACUCUGUGUGAUUGGCUACAGCUAACUCAACGUGAUUAUCAAAGUCUCUGUGAAAGUCAUCAAAAUAAUAAAUGGUUGCUUUAUAUUUGGUCAAAACUCGUAUCUUUAUCCAUGUCUAAUUUAAUAGCUAAUGAUUGUGAAUAUUUCAUUCUUGAGCAAUUGAACAAAUGGAUGGUGACAAUUCAACAUGAAAAAUAUCAAGAUACUGACCCAUUAACAGUUACAUUCGUUUAUAGCGUGUUCGAAUCUCUUAUUUACAAGCAAAUUAAAUCAUUAAUAUUACUUCCAAAUAUCCAAACGAUAAUUUCGUAUAUUAUGGAUGCUGGAAACGCUAAUUCACGUUGGAUAACUUCCAAAAAUAUGGUGGAAGAGUUUGUCGAAACGGUCAAACAAUUAAUUCGAAAUGUUCUACUCCUCGAAGGUGCUAAUACAACAUAUCGCCAACUAUCGAAACCAUCUAUUAUAUAUUGUUUUAUUCAAUACGUCGAUUUUAAAACUAUAUUAAGUAGAGCUGAGCCUUUAAACUAUAAGUUUCCAUUAACAGCGCCGCAUAUUAACAUGAUUAUGGAUAAACACAACCCAAGUGAUAUUGACGUAUCUACAAUUGAAUCUGAAGAAGACUUUGUUCGUUUUAUAAAGCAAACAAAUGUGUGGCUCGAUUGGUUUGAAAAAUUCGUUGAUAUUUUUUUAUACAUUGUAGAAUGGAUGAAAAGCUAUAAAAUGGAAAAAGCUGAUGAAUUAUAUCGUGAAAUGUACUCUAUGAGAAGUGGCUCAGCAUUAACUCUAUUUAGAACCAGUUCACUUAUUCGAGAACUUUUGAAAAUUUUCGAACCUUUAACUUGUCUACCACGUUUAUGUGAUUUAUUUAAUUGUACUCAAUCGUUUGAAAUAAUUAUAACAGGAAUCCUAAGUACUCCAAAUCAAAGCGAAUCAUUCAUGGAUGAAAUAAAACGAUUUCGUUCAGAUUUUAAGAUACAAGCCAACACUGCAGAUGAAAAACUUCUUUAUAUCGACGAGCGACGUCAUGUUCAUUGGUCUGUUGCAUGUGAGCAAACUCUUCACAAUGUCACUGUAGAAUUUCAGUUAGAUGGUUAUAUCAACGAAAUCUUUCAAUUUUAUUCAGCGCCAGUUCUUUCUCCGUAUGAAGGCAUCUUGCGAGGAGAAUUUAAGACACAACGAAAUGGACAAUUGAGAAUAAAAGCCACUAAUAAAAACCAAAAGACCCAACAUACGUUACGAUAUCAAAUCAAAAGUAGUCCUCUGUCAACGUGUCAUCUAUUUCAUGGUAUAUUUGAUAAUCAUUUUCGAAAAUAUUUCAAAUCAUUAACUACAACGAUUAGAAAAAAUGAUUUAAUCCAAUUAAUCGGCGAAGUAUUUUCAUUCAUCGAUCGUUUAUUAGACGGCACUAUAAGUUUAGCUGAAAUGAAUGAACUUCGAACAGUUUUUCAUGAUAAAAACAUUAACGUUCGAUCAGAAAUACAAAAAUUAAGUGAAAAUCUAUUAGCCGCCACUCAGUCAUUGAACUCAAACACUACCACUACUUCGAAAACAUUGAGUAAUGAAAAAACUGAACUAGUUUGUGAAUGGGUUCAAACUUAUCAAUAUUACACUCAUCUCAACAUAAUCACCGACUGUGUAGAAAAAUUUCAUAUAAUUUCUACUGAAAAUAAUGAUCAAUCAAUGCAUCAUCUGCAAAAUUUAACUAUGGAUAAUAGUCGUUUGUUAAGAGAAAUAUCUAAUACAUAUAGAGAUAUUUAUGGUUGCUUUAAAAAAUUAUCGAAUGAACAUUUACAAUUGAUUAAAACUGUAGUAGCAUGUCCAAAUGUUGUGACAAUGAUAAAAAAAUCAAAUUUUUAUUCCGCUGAUGGAUUACGUCGAUUUCAGGAAUUAAGAGAUAAUUUAACCACACAAUUUCAAUUUCAAGAGAGAAAUAAUAUGAUUCUUAACAGUUGGAUUUUUACUGUUACUCUAUGUGAACCUUUUGUUCAGAAUGCACGUAAUUUAGAAGAAUUUAUUGAUAAUUUAGCUCGUUUGAAAUCAAUCGAUGAGAACUCAUAUGAACAUAUAAAAAUUGUCAAUCAGAAUAUUGAAACUAUCAAUUUAUGGUUAUCAGCAGAAGAUUUAACAAUGUUAGACAAUGCUUUAAUCAAGAUGGAACACUUAUACACAACAGGCAUCAUUAAUAUUCGCCUUCAACGUUUGGUUAAUAAAGAAUCUCAUUAUGACAUUGAUUAUUUUAUUGAUAAGACAUCUGAACAAACAUCCAAAACGAAUGAAAAUCAUCAAUUGAAACAACAAGAAUCAGUUAAACUUACUUUAUCUAUGACAGAUAUUCAUGAUCACCGACGUCAAUUAACAUUUGGUAUAUCUGAUUUAGCAGACAAUAUGGUUUAUCAAACAAUUCUAUUAGAAGAACAAUUGAAGCUAUUACAAAUGGUGGAAAGAGUUUAUUCAAUACAUCUUAAACUGGAGAUCUCAGGCCAUCCAGAUUUUCAAUGUUUAGAACGACAAUACGAAAUCUAUGAUUUAUACGGUCAUAUCAAACAAAUUUUAAGUAGUAAGAAAGAUCAAUCGGAUUUACAAUUUCAAGAACAACUUACGGAUCUAAUUGUCAAGCGAACGAAACAUUUUGAAACGGUUUAUAAACGAUUAGUUGGUGAUUAUGAAAGUUGGACGGAAGAUUUAGAAAAAUAUCGAUAUGAGAAUAAAUUAUUAACAUUAUUUUCAAAUCGGCAAAUAAUGAUUAUGAUUAUUCUUUUGACUCGAUCAAUAACGAAUCAUUCAGUUCAAAAAACAUUUCUUGAAAAAGUAAUUCUUUCUAAAAAUCGUCAAAUCAAUCAGGAGAUUCAAUCAAAACUAGUAAUUCGAUGUUUGGCACAUUAUUUACAAUCAUUACGAAUGAAAAAUUGUAAUUUAACUGAACAAAGAAUAAUUGAUGAAUAUCAACAUUAUAGUAUAGAUCCAGGCGCCAAAACUGAUAUAAGUUUAAAGACAUUAUCGGCAUUUCUAAAUAAACUAUGCAAUAAUGGAAAUGAAUUGCUUGCUGAUAAUUUUAAUCAUACAGAGAAUCAACAAUAUAUUGUUACAUUGAAUUCGGCUACACAACAACAAAAUAGCAAUGAAUUUGAUCAAGAUACAUAUUGUAUUUUACUCAAUAUUUUUCAUGAUUGUUUACCGGCUUCUUACCAAAUUCUUUGGUGUUCAUCGGCUUCUGAAUAUGACAUUCGAUUAUUCUUUUUACGAGUCCAAUUAUUUCAUACUCUCACAUUUGUUGUAAUGGAUACUGACAAAAUGCAUCAUCGUCUACGUACAAUUCUUUGGCAAGAACAAGAUUUAUUGAUCAGUCAAGAUAAACCGCAUGCACCUAUUUAUUAUUUUACACGAGAAUUGAUUAUCAACAGAAAAGGUCUAAGACCCUUUUAUAUAACACCACGACAUCGGGAUUCAUCGGAAACACAUUUACAAUUGAUUAGAUUAACGGAGACCAACAAACAAGUUAUACCAAAUAUCGAUAUUAUAUGUGGUACCGCUGGCAUUGGUAAAACUCAUUACAUUCGAAGUACAUACCAUGACAAUGAUCUGUCAUUCAUCAGUAUUAAUGAAAAACUUAACUUGACACCGUUGAUUGGUUCGUUUCUUUCAUUAGAAUCUAAUAAUUUCAAUAGCACGCCGUUAAUUUACUUAAAUAUUUCUAUUCAUGCACCAUUCGAUCAAUUGAAUCGCGUUCUUUUCCUUUUACUCAUCUGCGGAUCAUUGAAUGAUAUUUCCACGGGUUUAACAUUUUCAUUAUCUAUGCAACAUCCAUGGAAAUUUAUUAUCGAAGUUCCGUUUACGAAUACAUGCCAAAUGACACCUCGUAAACAUUUUCAACAAAUAUUACCUGUACUUUCCGUUGUAUCACCGAAGAACUUUACUGAAGUGACGAACGAAAGUCAUCCGUUAUAUGUUGGACAAGAAGAAGAAUUAGUUGCACGGUUUCUUAAAGCUUACGAUAAUCAAACAAUUGAUCGUUUAUCAGAACCAAUCUCCGAUGAUGAGGAUGCGAAACCUGAAGAUGAUCCAGCUGUUGAUUUUGAUCCAUUAACAGAUGAUGAUGAAUCACGUCAAUAUAUUCAAGGUUGUCUAGAGCGAUAUAUGUAUGAUCUUCCACGCAAUAAAAUUUUCGAAUUGUCAUUUAUAAAGUUUUUAUAUCGGCGUGUUCGAUUCUUCACUGGUCCUUAUUAUCGUUAUAAUUCAUCAGUACCCGGUCUUGGUUCCAUCGCAAUGUCACAAAUGAUCGAAGAAGCGAAAUAUUUAACGCAAGUUGACUUUUCUUCUGAUGAUUAUCAUCGAACUUAUCUUGCUUAUGAUCCUGGUUUUGCCCUACAUCUGCUACAUAACGAUUGGAAUACUGUUCCAUAUUCGUUAAAGCGUCUUUUUCACAACAUCGAUCCAAAUAUUGCGAUAAUCAAGCAAGGAAAGAAUCACUAUAUAGAAUGUUUAGCAUGGUUAAUUGGUGUGCAGUACGAUAUUUUUAAAUCAAUUAUGCAUGAAAUGAAAUUUAUCAUGACAGAAAAUUUUGCAUACAAAUUAUUUCAUAUUCACGAAAGAAAAUUAACCAGAUUACCGAUGAUUAUCGAAGGUGAAACAGGUGUUGGUAAAACUUUUCUUCUCAACUUUUAUUCUCUUUUAUUAAAUGCGCGUUUUUCUCAUGGCGAACUUCAUAACGAUAUAACACCAAGAAUUCGAGAACGAACCAGUCUUUGGUUACGGAAAGACAUCAUCAUAGAGAUUUUAGAACAGAAUACAAAUUUCUUAAAUGCUGUUUUUCCUGUCCUUGCGUCGAAAUUAAAUCUCUCGGAUGCAAGUCAAAAUGAGCUUCUAAUACAUAUCGAAGAUGACGAACCAGACCGAGAUGCUGUUCUAGCGGAAAUCAAAGAAGAAUUGCAAAUUUUUGAGUAUGAUUAUAGUCAACUAAAGAUUAUUUGGAAGACUCUAGUAAUCACUGCUGAUAAUAUCGAUAAAGAUCUGAGUAAACAGUUGGUUAUGGCUUUGUAUGAAUUUGUAACAUCACAAUUGACGAAUUUACCAUUGAUCGAAGCAAGUUAUCCAUUGAGAAAUUUAUUAAAGACAAACAAAGUACCGACAGUAGACAAAUCAAUUGAAAUCUUUGAUGAAUUCGUAGUGCAUACACAAAUCAAACCAGUUUUCUAUCGGCUCCUUUUACAUCCAGGCAUCCGCGAAGAGACAUUAAUGGAAUAUUUGUCUCCAAUUCGUGAGCUGGCUGUUCGUGUGCCAAACAUCGAAUUAGUCGUGUUUUUCGAUGAAGUGAAUACAUCAUCAUGCCUUAGCUUAUUCAAAGAGAUGUUUAUGGAUGGCACAUUACACGGGAAAAUCCUACCGAAGAACAUCUUUUUCACUGCAGCCAUUAAUCCAUCCAUAAUAUCAGACGAUAUAGAAUCUUUUCAUUUGCAUCGCUCUGAUUACCUUGUUUAUCGAUUACCUGAAUCAUUGGAAAAUCUCAAAGUUAUCUACGGCAUUCUCAAUCGGAAUACACUAGAAGAUUAUGUCAAACAGAAAAUAAGCACGUUCACUAUAAGUUCAGUAGAUAAUCUACAUCAGCUAUCAUCUCUUGAAAAAUAUGCACAAGAUAUGUUGCUGCGAUCGAUUCUUAAUGCGCAAGAUUUUUGUGAAAAACGUCUUGGUACGUACGACUUAUUUUCUGUUCAGAUGAAAAAUGUGUAUAUUUUAGGACACAAUUCGGUAUCUCAAAGAGAAAUUCAACGAUGUUUUAAUUUAAUUGAUUUCUUCUGGACUUUGAAGUACGACAAGAAUAAUGGUGAACCGAAUGCUUUACGAGCAAUAGCCUUGUCAUUAGCAUUGAUUUAUUAUUUUCGUCUUCCGACUAAAGAAGACAAUGUACAUAGAAACGACACUAAAACACCCUCACGUGAAGAGCUUGGAGAACUGCUCGAUAGAACCUUACCUGACUUUUGUCGGAUAGUUCAGAAUGAACUCGAAAAAUUUGUUAAUACCGAAAAUUUCUCCAUUCCAGCAGGUGUCGCCGUCAAUCAAGCUAUUCGUGAACACAUUUUUGCUAUUGUUGUAAGUGUUGUCACACGAACACCUUUGUGCAUCAUUGGUGCUCCUGGUCAAUCGAAAACUCUUUCAUUUCAAAUUGUUUUACAAAACUUACAAGGUCCUCAAUUAUCAGCAACAUCGUUCUGUCAACGUUUACCAGCAUUAGAUCCAUUCUUUUCUCUCGGAUCAAAAUAUACUCGAAAAGGUCUAAGACCCUUUUAUAUAACACCACGACAUCGGGAUUCAUCGGAAACACAUUUACAAUUGAUUAGAUUAACGGAGACCAACAAACAAGUCAUACCACAUAUCGAUAUUAUAUGUGGUACCGCUGGCAUUGGUAAAACUCAUUACAUUCGAAGUACAUACCAUGAAAAUGAUCUGUCAUUCAUCAGUAUUAAUGAAAAACUUAACUUGACACCGUUGAUUGGUUCGUUUCUUUCAUUAGAAUCUAAUAAUCUCAAUAGUACGCCGUUAAUUUACUUAAAUAUUUCUAUUCAUGCACCAUUCGAUCAAUUGAAUCGCGUUCUUUUCCUUUUACUCAUCUGCGGAUCAUUGAAUGAUAUUUCCACGGGUUUGACAUUUUCAUUAUCUAUGCAACAUCCAUGGAAAUUUAUUAUCGAAGUUCCGUUUACGAAUACAUGCCGAAUGACACCUCGUAAACAUUUUCAACAAAUAUUACCAGUACUUUCCAUUGUAUCACCGAAGAACUUUACUGAAGUGACGAAUGAAAGUCAUCCGUUAUAUGUUGGACAAGAAGAAGAAUUAGUUGCACGAUUUCUUAAAGCUUACGACGAUCAAACAAUUGAUCGUUUAUCAGAACCAAUCUCCGAUAAUGAGGAUGAGGAUGCUAAACCUGAAGAUGAUCCAGCUGUUGAUUUUGAUCCAUUAACAGAUGGUGAUGAAUCACGUCAAUAUAUUCAUGAUUGUCUAGAGCAACAUAUAUAUGAUCUUCCACGCAAUAAAAUUUUUGAAUUGUCGUUUAUAAAGUUUUUAUAUCGGCGUGUUCGAUUCUUCACUGGUCCUUAUUACCGUUAUAAUUCAUCAGUACCCGGUCUUGGUUCCAUCGCAAUGUCACAGAUGAUUGAAGAAGCGAAAUAUUUAACACAAGUUGAUUUUUCUUCUGAUGAUUAUCAUCGAACUUAUCUUGCCUAUGAUCCUGGUUUUGCCCUACAUUUGCUACAUAACGAUUGGAACACUGUUCCAUAUUCGUUAAGACGUCUUUUUCGCAACAUCGAUCCAAAUAUUGAGAUAGUCAAGCAAGGAAAGAAUCAUUAUAUAGAAUGUUUAGCAUGGUUAAUUGGUGUGCAGUACGAUGUUUUUAAAUCAAUUAUGCAUGAAAUGAAAUUUAUCAUGACAGAAAAUUUUGCAUAUAAAUUAUUUCAUAUUCACGAAAGAAAAUUAACCAGACUGCCGAUGAUUAUUGAAGGUGAAACAGGUGUUGGUAAAACUUUUCUUCUCAAGUUUUAUUCUCUUUUAUUAAAUGCGCGUUUUUCUCAUGGUGAACUUCAUAACGAUACAACGCCAAGAAUUCGAGAACGAACCAGUCUUUGGUUACGGAAAGAUAUCAUCAUAGAGAUUCUAGAACAGAAUACAAAUUUCUUAACUGCUGUUUCCUCUGUCCUUGCGUCGAAAUUAGGUAUCUCGGAUGCAAGUCAAAAUGAGCUUCUAAUACAUAUCGAAGAUGAUGAACCAGAUCGAGAUGCUGUUCUGGCGGAAAUCAAAGAAGAAUUGCAAAUUUUUGAGUAUGAUUAUAGCCAAUUAAAGAUUAUUUGGAAGACUCUAGUAACCACUGCUGAUAAUAUCGAUAGAAAUCUGAGUAAACAGUUGGUUAUGGCUUUGUAUGAAUUUGUAACAUCACAAUUGACAAAUUUACCAUUGAUCGAAGCAAGUUAUCCAUUAAGAAAUUUAUUAAAGACAGACAAAGUACCGACAGUAAACAAAUCAAUUGAAAUCUUUGAUGAAUUCAUAGUUCAUACACAAAUCAAACCAGUUUUCUAUCGGCUCCUUUUACAUCCAGGCAUAAGCGAAGAGACAUUAAUCGAGUUUUUGUCUCCAAUUCGUGAACUGGCUGUUCGUGUGCCAAGCAUUGAAUUAGUUGUGUUUUUCGAUGAAGUGAAUACAUCAUCAUGCCUUAGCUUAUUCAAAGAGAUGUUUAUGGAUGGCACAUUACACGGGAAAAUCCUACCGAAGAACAUCUUUUUCACUGCGGCCAUUAAUCCAUCCAUAAUAUCAGACGAUGUGGAAUCUUUUCGUGUGCAUCGCUCUGAUUACCUUGUUUAUCGAUUACCUGAAUCAUUGGAAAAUCUUAAAGUUAUCUACGGCAUUCUCAAUCGGAAUACAUUAGAAGAUUAUGUCAAACAGAAAAUAGGCACGUUCACUAUAGGUUCAGUAGAUAAUCUGCAUCAGCUAUCAUAUCUUGAAAAAUAUGCACAAGAUAUGUUGCUGCGAUCGAUUCUUAAUGCGCAAGAUUUUUGUGAAAAGCGUCUUGGACACAAUUCGGUAUCUCAAAGAGAAAUUCAACGAUGUUUUAACUUAAUUGAUUUCUUCUGGACUUUGAAGUAUGACAAGAAUAAUGGUGAACCUGAUGCUUUACGAGCAAUAACCUUAUCAUUAGCAUUGAUUUAUUAUUUUCGUCUUCCGACUAAAGAAGACAAUGUACAUAGAAACGACACCAAAACACCCUCACGUGAAGAGCUUGGAGAACUUCUCGAUAGAACCUUACCUGACUUUUGUCGCAUAGUUCAGAAUGAACUUGAAAAAUUCGUCAAUACUGAAAAUUUCUCCAUUCCAGCGGGUGUCGCUGUCAAUCAAGCUAUUCGUGAACACAUUUUUGCUAUUGUUGUAAGUGUUGUCACACGAACACCUUUGUGCAUCAUUGGUGCUCCUGGUCAAUCGAAAACUCUUUCAUUUCAAAUUGUUUUACAAAACUUGCAAGGCCCUCAAUUAUCAGCAACAUCGUUCUGUCAACGUUUGCCCGCAUUAGAUCCAUUCUUUUCUCUCGGAUCAAAAUAUACUCGGUCAGAAGACAUUGCAUAUGUCUUCGAUCGGGCUAUUGAACGUGAAGAACAAUAUCGAAAGUUUCGAAUUGAUAGACGUUGUAUGGUUUUUCUCGACGAAGCUUCAUUGCCUGAUGAAAAGAAAAUGAUAUUAAAAGUAUUACAUUCAUAUUUAGAUGGGUGUCAAGUGUCAUUUGUUGCAAUAGCAAAUAAAUCUUUUGAUGCGGCAAAUGCAAAUCGUAUGAUAUGUAUUUAUCGAUCUUUACCAUCACAAAUAGAACAACAAGUCCUAGCUUAUGGUUGUCUUGGCUUGCCGUUCUGUAAGAAAACAUCAGAGAAUCGCACUCAACUCGAUAAUAUCAUUAUGGGAUUAUGUGAUGGUUAUCGACAAAUCAUUCUUAGAGACGAAAUUCCAAAAAUAUUUCAUGAUCGAGAUUUCAUUUAUAUGUUAAGAGAAUUACGAUUUGAAUUGCCCGCAGUCAUAUCAUCAAAUGAUGACGAAAUCAAAUUAAAUCGAAUUGAACCCAAUUCUUUGGUGCAUGCAUUAGAAGAUAAUUUCAAUGGCAUCAAUGAAAUGGAAUUCAAAUCAUUAAUCGAAAUCUUCUUUAAAGAAAUACAAAAGCAAGUAUUAAGUUUUCGUUUACCAACAGAUAGACACGGUAAAAAAGUUUAUCGUGAUGUACCAACUAUUCUUCAUGAAUCCAUGAAACUUGAUUCGAAACGUCGUCGUCUCUAUGGACGUUAUAAAUUAAUUAUCGACGAAUCCGAAGAUGAGAGUGCUAUACAUCUUCUAUUACAAGCUCGUAUUCUUGAUUUAGAUCCAAAUCGCACAACUGUAUUUCGAAUGUCGGAUUUUAUUGAUGAUACUGAUAAUGAAUUAAGUCACGUUGAACUUCUUUCGAAUAUUAAAUUAUGUAUGGAAACUGGUAAGACUAUUUUAAUGGUGAAUACGAAUCGAAUUCAUGAUUCAUUGUAUGAUGUUUUCAAUCAAAAUUUCUCAAUUAUGGCAACAGAUGAUGCGAGAAAAAUCUUUUCGAAAGUUUCCAUCGGAGCAAAAACGAUCGAUGUUGUUGUUCAUGAAAAUUUUCAAUGCAUAGUUCAUGUGAAACGAAGUGAAUUAAAAGAUAUUCCUCCUCCAUUUCUCAGUCGUUUUCAGAAAUACUCAUUAAGUGUCAAAGAUUUUUAUCGCAUUCGACUGUAUAAAUUAUCAAAAAAUGAUCAAGAUGUAUUGAAAUAUGUCGCCAAUAAAACACAAUCCUUUAUCGAUCAUUUCGGACGACAAUAUUUUUAUGGUUUAAAUGAUACCACGUUAUAUUCGUGUCUUUUGUCAUUGAUCGACAUGAAAAAUGAUGCUGAAUAUUCAUUAUAUCCUAUAUCUCAUCAUCAAACACAAUUAACUGUGCAACUGAAUUCAUUCAUUGAAAUAAACCAUUCAAAUCUCGAAAAGUCGUUAUUUCGUAUUGUUAUUAUGAAGUUAAUUCAACUUGUUUCACCUGAAGCAAUGAUUUUGAAAUUACGAACAUUCGAAGAAAGUUUUUCACAAUGGUUAUCGAAUGUUUAUUUUCAUCAACAAGAACAUUUUAAUAUAGAAAACUUUUUGCAACGUUUAAUUUCACAUUCAUCUGAAACAAUGCUAAACAAUGAUCGAUAUGAACGAAAAGUAUCCCACAUUACAAAAGUUAUGAUAUUUACGCGAACAUCAUCGUAUAUGCUGAGUAUGGAUCAACGACCAAAGCAGAAUUUGACGACUGGUACAAACUUUUGUAAUGAUCAAGAUAAAAUAUUGCAUAAUUACAGCAAAUUUGUAGAUAUUCUCAAUUUAAGUAUUAUUGAAAAUUCUGCUCAAUUACAAAGUAAAUUUGAUGAAUUUCGCCAUGAUCAUCAGAAAAAUGUCCUCAUUAUAACAAUUAAUACUAAUUUCGAUCAACAACGUUUACAUAUUCCGUACAUUCGGCAAUUAAUCGAUAGUACUGAAUAUACUUGCAAUUCAAAAGCUACUCAAGAGCGCAAACAUUUUCUCAUGUUAAUCCAUUCACCAGCACACGAUUUAUAUCAUCAUUCAUGUUUUCCAUCGAUCUUUUUACAUAAUUGGGACUUUUACUUCUUUGACACAUGUGCCACUGGUAGUGCAUUUUAUCUACAAAACCUAUUACACUUAUUGUCACCGUCGUCAUCCGGAUUAAAUAAGGAACUAGAGAAACGACAAGACACAGCAUUUUGCGAUUUAAAUGUUCUGUUUGAAGAUUGUUUAUGGGCGUUCUCUUCCCGAAUUCAAAUUAUAACACCUAUCCUACCACAAAACAUGUUUUCGAAUUCAUGGGCUCAGGAAUUUUAUCAACAUGAAACGCAAACCAUUCAGAAGGUUAAAUGUUUGAGAGCACUUCUGGGAGAAUCAUCAGAAUUACAGAGGUUUAUAGUGAACAUUUAUCAUCAAUAUUUAUCAAAAACGAAAAACUCUUCGGCAAAAAUUCAUGAUUUUAUUUAUCAAAUCUCAAAAGAUAUUUUAUGUGGUAAGCGAUUUGAAAGUCUUGUUGAAUCAAUUCAAAUGCAAACGAAAUACGCAUUUAUGAACUUCGUCAUGAAUGUUUUCAAAGUUAUUGUUGAUAAUUAUGGCUUAGAAACUAUGCAACAUUUGUCAACUGAUAAACAAACUUAUGGUUCUUUAUUACAUUUAAUUGACUUUCAUUCUUUCGCUACUGAAAAUGACAAUGAUGAUAUGUUUACUUCUCAAACUGCACAAGGCCCUAUUCAUUUUACCGCAAAUUAUUCAUGUAUACCUCAAACUCCACUCUUUCAUUUAUUUCAUGAACGUAUUUCGUCACAUGCUAAUGCCAUCAAAUCUACGUAUAUUCGUCGUGAUCAUAUGGUAAAAUCCACAGAGCAACGGCAAGAAUCAGAAGAUGAUGUUUGUGAUAGUUCCUUCAAGGUUACUACCAAUUCAAAUUUUUCAGUCGAGAAUAACAACACUCCUUUGACAUUUGAACGUUUUCGUUCUGAACUUAUAACUUCAAUUAAAAAUGAUAAAAUAUUAAGUGAUGCCGUCAAUAGUUCUACUGUUCAUUCGUACUGCCAAGAUCUUGUCAGCACAUCGUGUUCGAUGAUCGAACACAAUUUUCAUUACGAUCGUGUUCAACAACAACAAACUGCCGAAUUUAUCUCAAAAUGGUUAUCAUUUAUCGAUCAUAAUGAUCGACAAUCCCACGAAUAUGACACUCAAAAAGACAUCUGGCUUCUAGGGCAUAUUUACACAACAUUUGAAUACGAAAAAAAUAUUCCUCCUCCAUUUCUCAGUCGUUUUCAGAAAUAUUCAUUAAGUGUCAAAGAUUUUUAUCGCAUUCGAUUGUAUAAAUUAUCAAAAAAUGAUCAAGAUGUAUUGAAAUAUAUCGCCAAUAAAACACAAUCCUUUAUUGAUCAUUUCGGACGACAAUAUUUUUAUGGUUUAAAUGAUAACACAUUAUAUUCGUGUCUUUUGUCAUUGAUUGACAUGAAAAAUGAUGCUGAAUAUUCAUUAUAUCCUAUAUCUCAUCAUCAAACACAAUUAACUGUGCAACUGAAUUCAUUCAUUGAAAUAAACCAUUCAAAUCUCGAAAAGUCGUUAUUUCGUAUUGUUAUUAUGAAGUUAAUUCAACUUGUUUCACCUGAAGCAAUGAUUUUGAAAUUACGAACAUUCGAAGAAAAUUUUGCACAAUGGUUAUCGAAUGUUUAUUUUCAUCAACAAGAACAUUUUAAUAUAGAAAACUUUUUGCAACGUUUAAUUUCACAUUCAUCUCAAACAAUGGUAAAUAAUGAUCGAUAUGAACGAAAAGUAUCCUUCAUUACAAAAGUUAUGAUAUUUACGCGAACAUCAUCAUAUAUGUUGAGUAUGGAUCAACGACCAAAGCAGAAUUUGACGAUUGGUACAAACUUUUGUAAUGAUCAAGAUAAAAUAUUACAUAAUUAUAGCAAAAUUAUAGAUAUUCUCAAUUUAAGUAUUAUUGAAAAUUCUGCUCAAUUACAAAAUAAAUUUGAUGAAUUUCGCAAUAAUCAUCAGAAAAAUGUCCUCAUUAUAACAAUUAAUACUAAUUUCGAUCAACAACGUCUACAUAUUCCGUACAUUCGACAAUUAAUCGAUAGUACUGAAUAUACUUGCAAUUCAAAAGCUACUCAAGAGCGCAAACAUUUUCUCAUGUUAAUUCAUUCACCAGCACACGAUUUAUAUCAUCAUUCAUGUUUUCCAUCGAUCUUUUUACAUAAUUGGGACUUUUAUUUCUUCGACACGUGUGCUACUGGUAGUGCAUUUUAUCUACAAAACCUAUUACACUUAUUGUCACCAUCAUCCGAAUUAAAUAAGGAACUCGAGAAACGACAAGACACAGCAUUUUGCGAUUUAAAUGUUCUGUUCGAAGAUUGUCUAUGGGCGUUCUCUUCCCGAAUUCAAAUUAUAACACCUAUUCUACCAAAAAACAUGUUUUCGAAUGCCUGGGCUCACGAAUUUUAUCAACAUGAAACGCAAACCAUUCAAAAGGUUAAAUGUUUGAGAGCACUUCUGGGAGAAUCAUCAGAAUUACAGAGAUUCAUAGUGAACAUUUAUCAUCAACAUUUAUCAAAAACGAAAAAUUCUUCGACAAAAAUUCAUGAUUUUAUUUAUCAAAUCUCGAAAGAUAUUUUAUGUGGUAAGCGAUUUGAAAGUCUUGUUGAAUCAAUUCAAAUGCAAACGAAAUACGCAUUUAUGAACUUCGUCAUGAAUGUUUUCAAAGUUAUUGUUAAUGAUUAUGGUUUAGAAACUAUGCAACAUUUGUCAGCUGAUAAACAAACUUAUGGUUCUUUAUUACAUUUAAUUGACUUUCAUUCUUUCGCUACUGAAAAUGAUAAUGAUGAUAUGUUUACUUCUCAAACUACACAAGGUCCUAUUCAUUUUACCACAAAUUAUUCCUGUAUACCUCAAACUCCACUCUUUCAUUUAUUUCAUGAACGUAUUUCGUCACAUGCUAAUGCCAUCAAAUCUACAUAUAUUCGUCGUGAUCAUAUGUUAAAAUGCACAGAACAACGACAAGAAUCAGAAGAUGAUGUUUGUGAUAGUUCCUUCAAGGUUACUACCAAUUCGAAUUUUACAAUCAAGAAUAACAACACUCCUUUGACAUUUGAACGUUUUCGUUCUGAACUUAUAACUUCAAUUAAAAAUGAUAAAAUAUUAAGUGAGGCCGUCAAUAGUUCUACUGUUCAUUCAUACUGUCAAGAUCUUGUCAGUACAUCGUGUUCGAUGAUCGAACACAAUUUUCAUUACGAUCGUGUUCAACAACAACAAACUGCCGAAUUUAUCUCAAAAUGGUUAUCAUUUAUCGAUCAUAGUGAUCGACAAUCCAACGAAUAUGACACCCCAAAAGAUAUCUGGCUUCUAGGACAUAUUUACACAACAUUUGAAUACGAAAAAAGUGAUCUACUUUCAAUGUACACUGCUUGUCGAAUCAUGCAUCAUUUAGAAUUGACACAAUCCUCAUUUACUAAUGUAUUUGCUGAACGAUCUGGCGACCGUUCUGUUCUUCGAGAAGCUUUUUUUCGUUCUAUUUUCGAUCAAUUAUGGUCAAGUCUUUGUCAAUCAUCUUCCAAUACAGAGAAUCAUUAUCACAAAUGGAUUUUUACAUAUACAUUUAUAUCCAAAUAUUAUCCAUCAGAAAAAGUUCUAGAAGGUAUACCACUAAUCGACAUCAAAUGUCAGAUUCAAUUGAUGAAUUUGGCUUAUUUGAUAUUUUUAAAUGAAAAAAUUCCUAAACCACAAAAGUUAGUAACAAAUUUAUUGGAUAAAUUACAAAUCAAUACAAGAUCGGAUUGUUUAGUUUUAUUACCGAAAAUUCUUGAAAUAAUCCACGAAGAAAAUCUUGAUAAUUCAACAUGGAUGAUCGAUGUACAACAAUGGAUUCUAGUCAUUUGUAAAUCAUCAACAGAAUCGAAAGAAGAAAUACUUCGAACUUUACUUUCUUAUUUGAAUCAAUCGACAACUUCUCUUUCAUUAUCAACAAAACAAUUUCUAUUCGAUCAAUUAAUUGAAUUAUUCCUCAAGAUAAACAAAGACAGUGAAUCGAACACGGAUUUAUGGGAUCGUUUUAGUUUACUAUCAAUUCUUAUCGAAUGUGUUUCAAACGUUGAUCAUUAUCAAAUUUUUUUCCAUCCAUCAAUGAAAAUCAAUGAUCAAAAAAUGAUUCUAUUUGAUCUCUACUUUUUUCAUCUUCGUGCUCUAUUAAAACAUCAAAAUCUUACAUUUGCAUUUUUAAACAAAGGUAUGCUUCUUGGAUUAUCAAAUAUCCAAACAAAAGAGAAGAAAAAUCUAGCUGAAAAUUUAUUUAAACAAUUGAAAAAUUAUUUUCUUUCAAUUAUCAUGGCACUUUUACUCAUCGAUAUCGAAUCCAAUCAAAAUGAUGAAAACGACAUUCUAAAAGCAUUUUCAUCUUUGACAGAUGAUCUGUUUUCUAUUAAUCCUACAAUGGAAUAUCUUCCCGAUUAUCUUAAACUCUUUCUUUCCACCAUUAUAUCAAAGAAAUCUUGGGAUUAUUUAUUCAAUUUAUUAAGAUCGGAAAAACUACGAAUGAUUAACAAAGAUUGGACAACAGUUCUUUAUCGAUUACUUCAUUUAAAUGAAACGAAUGAUCAAAGUUUAAAUUUACAUUUAUCACAUCAAAUUCAGUUUACUUUUUCAACAAAUUCAAAUAAAUCGUCGAGUUUUCCUGAUCUCCAUCAACCAUAUGAAACAUUACGAACACUGAUGAAAACAUCAAUAGAAAAUAAUACCGGCGAAGAUGUAUGGCAAGAAGUCAUUCAUUGGAUGCAAAAUCAAGUAGAUUGUGAAUCACUAGAGAUGAGUGUUAAUCAAUUAAAAUCCAUGUUAUUCUUAAGUAUUUACUAUGAUUAUUAUUGUACUAAUCAAUUAGAAUUAGUUCAGCCAUUAGUUGAUGUACUUCAAGAGUUAUCAUUCUUUUCUGAGGAAGAAUUCAGUGUAUUUCGUGCUUUAGUAAAUCCUGAACAAUACAUCAUAGGUUACAAUUCGCCUGAUAAUACUAACUCAAUAAAUAAACUUUUUCAAAUCAAUUGUCAAACAAGUUUUGAAUUGUCUUUACGUCAUUUAUUAGUAAAUUUAAUGGCAAUGAUCCUAUUAGGCGGUGAUGAAUCAUUUCUUUGGACAUUUGUAUUUGAUCCAUUGUCUUUAGAACAUACGUACGGUUUUGGGUCGACAUACCAAUCACCAAUCGAACAACAUGGUGUGCAUUACGAUUGUGGAUGUGUUAUCACUGAAGAUGGUGUUCUUGAACGAUCAUUCGAUUCAACUGAUAACAGUGGAUUAAGCGUUCCAGCUGUAUAUGUGGCUUAUUUUUCUACAUUUGGUGCAUUGGCUUGGCAUCUAUUAACAUGUGACAGAGGAGCUGACAAUUUGUAUGGUCCAAUUUUGUCACCAAGGGCAAUCGAAACAACUGCUCAUGAUCAUAGAGAAAAUGAUCGAGAAACGCUCACUAAAGUCUGUGAUUUUGUCUAUGCUAGAUUAUCGUCGACGUUUGAUUUUCUAUCCGUUCGAUUAAAUCAUGACGGUGCUUGUCUUUUAUUAACUCGUUGUUUCGAACAGAUGGCUUCUUUAACUGAUACAGAACAGGAAUGGAUUCAGCCCGUUUAUACAACAUUCAAUGAAAAGCAAAAUGCUGAACAAGAAUUUGAGCGACAUGUUUUCUAUUAUGUAUUCGAUAGAUUAAUUAACUAUAAAGCUGAUAUCAAUCAUAGAAUUCUUCAAUCACAAAUUCAAAUCAAUCUUCAAGAAUAUUGCGAUCAAAUGCCAUUCACCAUUGAAUUUCAACAUUUUCAAACACUACUUAAUCAUUCCAAAACAGAAGCUUCAUCAAAUUUUCAACUUCUUCGAUUGAUUUUGGAUUCAUUCAAUAUUUUAAAAGUAACAAAACUAAUCAUUCCACUUACACGGUUUUACCUUCUUUUACAUCACACGUACACACAAUUAAUUAAACAAGAUGAAUUAUUUACAAUUUCUCUGAACGAAUUAUUCGAGCGUGCUGAAAGAUGCUCUUAUCAAUACGAUAGUUCACGUAAUCAAAGCGAAAAAGAAAAUCAUCGAGAAAUCAUUAAAGAAGGUAUUGAUGCAGUCAACAGUUAUCAUCAAUUUUCUGAUGGACUUAUUCAACCAGGUGCUUGUAAUCAUACGGAAAAAUUUUCAACAAUAACCUUUGAUUCACCAGUCAAUGUUUUACUCACAACGAGCAAUUCAGACGAAGGAAACAUUAUUAUGCGAAUACUCACUGUUUUAAUUCGACGUCACAAUCGUAUUUUGAGAGUAUUAUCAAAUGAAAUGUGUACAAAUAACCAUUACGAUCACAGUACUUUGAAAUAUUUAGUAAAUGACAUAACGUCAAAGAAGAUUUCCAUUCUACAACUAAUUAAUCAUAAUACUGGGAUUAUAUCAUUAGAUGAACAAGAUUGUCAAUGGACUCAAAGAUUAUGUCAGUCAUGCAUAAUUAGCAAUGAUGAGUAUGCUUUUAUUAAUAACAAAUCUUCAUAUACGUUCGAUUUUGAAUACAUUCAAUCACAAAUUAUUCGAAUCUAUUUACUUUAUUGUGAAAUAAAUUAUGAUCAUAUCACUCAAAUUUAUCAAUGUUAUAUCGAACAAAUGUCAACAAAAACAGAGAACGAAGAUUUAGACCUACAUGAGAAAUAUAUGUUAUUAUUUAAUAAUGAACAGAUUGAGUCUGAAUGGAAUUAUUUGAAAACUAUACCUUUAGAUAAUCUUUAUAAUUCCUUUACAUUAUUAAAACAAAUUGCCUCAUCAUUAAAAACAUUCUCAAAUGAUCUUGAUCAACCAAGUACUCUUUACAGUUUUCUUGGUUCAACCGAUGAAGGUCGUGAUAUACUUGAACGAAUAAAACAACAUGGAAUUCGUGAUUUUUCUCUAUGCCAUUUAAAUCAUAUGAUUAAACUUUAUGCACAAUCAAUAAACGGAUUUGAGCAUUUAUUUGCGGAUGUAUCACCUUUGUUACGAAUGUCCAUUGAACCUCAACUAGAUGCCGAAUUAACUCAACAAUUUGAUGAGCAUAUUCUGCAAUUAAAUUAUGAUAAUAAUAUAGAGAACUUUCAAGAAAUGAAUAAAAUAAUAACCGAAUUCCUUAAUGAUUUAAAGGAUUCAAAAGAUUUAAUGUUACAACAAUCUUCACAAUGUUUUAAAACAACUUGUCAAAUUCUCGAGAUACAUAAUCCGAUUUUACAAUGGAUACCAGAGGGAAUUCGUUGUGAAAACUAUGUCGCAAUCAAUAUUCAUCUCAUUCGAAUACGAUCGACUCUUCAGGAAUCAAAAGUUAAUGUCGAAGAAAAAACAAUCAGAUUAUGGCAAGAACAAACCGAAUGUGAAGAUAAGGAUUCUGAAACACAUUCACACUCGGCUGACCCAGAUGAAUAUUCGGAAUCUGAAGAAGCAGAUUAUCAUAGCAUGUCAUCUUCACCAUCAGUAACAAGACAGAACUCAAUUGGUGAAACUAAUCCAACGUAUUCGCGUUCGCCAUCACAACAACUGGAAACACCUGAAAUUGAACCUUUAAUUUAUGACUCAUUAUUCCAACUUAACUUGAGAUCCGUAUCAUAUUUAUCAUUAAAAUUUAUGCAAAGUUUACAUCAAUAUCGAACAGAACGUAUCACAGAAGCUGUAAGUGCAAGUAGUGCACUAAGAUUCAUAGUUACUCUUCCUGAUGAAAAAUCGAUCGCACCAUUCAUGUGUAAAGCAGAGAAAUCUCAAGCACGUUUAAAGAAAAUCUUUGAUGAUAAUCAUUACGAUCAUAACGAGUUCGCUUUGAUUGAUAAAAAUCAAAUAUUCGUCGACAUAAAUGAAGAUAAUUUUCUUCCAUCACAAAAAUCACCAAUUGAAUAUCGUAUCGUGAAACAAGAAGAUCUAGUUUGUGUGAAAUUCCAUUUUCAUUCAUUAAACAUCGAAUAUGUCACAACGAUUACAAAUCAACUCGAAACGAUAAUCAAACAUUUUAUUAAUAAUCAUAUUCAACCAAAUGACAAAUAUCUUUGUUUCUAUGAUCAAUAUGGAGCUUUGAUUGAGAAUGUUUGUAUCGAAAAUGUUUUUGAUAAGAGUGAAAAAUGUGUGAACAUCGUAGUAAAAGAAAAGACAGUUGAUGAUAACAGUAUAUGCGAAAUAAAUCUGACAAGUAAAGAAAAUAUACAUCAAUCAACGAUUUACUUCGAUUUGGAAUCAACAUGGUUCAAUAUUGAACAAUGGUUAAAAGAUUUUUGUCAAAGAAAUCAUCUCUCUGUUAAUGAUUAUGCUUUUAUGAUGGCAAAAGAACGAAUACUAUGUGAAAAAACUGAAUCAAUUGGUUCAAUUAUAGAUGCAACGCAAUCAAAUCUAGUCGAUGUUAUUAAUCAACAAGUGAUCACUUCCGUAACUGUUUCAUAUGAAAAUAAGAGUGAAAGUUUCCAUGUUCUGGCAUCGAUGAAAAUCAUCCAAUUAUUCAAAGAUAAAAAUUUCCAAGAAAAUUUUAAUAUAAUCGAUCAUGCACUGAAGAAUUUUAUGGUAAAUUUAGAAAAAGAAAACGAAAGUUUGACUCUUACGGAAGAACAAAUGCAACAAUCUAUCGAAACGUAUCGUUCAGCAUCGAACGAUUCACUUCAUCUUCGAUUGUUUAUACCAACAAGUAUCAUGAUAAAAUACAAUGAAGAGAUUCUUUCAUUAGUUUUGCAGACGCGAAAUAUAACAAUUCGAGAAAUAUUGAAAAAACUUGAUGAAUCAAUGAUUCUUCAUCGAUGUUUAGUUUUAAAAGAAACAAAAAGAGUGCUAGAUGGAAAUGAAGUUCUUUCAGAUUUAUGUGGAAUUGAAUUUCUUUUAGUUGAGGAAAACGAAAUACGUCACGUUUGCAUUCAAUUGGCAGAAAUCAACAUUAGACAACGUUUUAUCAAACAUGCGACAAUAGCCGAUCUAUGCAAAGAACAAAAAAUCAUCCUUGAUACUCAACAUGUUAUCUACUCAAACGAAAUUAUUUUAUUACCAGAAACACCGUUAACUUGCUUUCAAUCAAAAACACCAAUAUGCUUUUCCAUUACGGAAAAAAAUUUACCCAUUCGUGUUACAGUGAGGGACGAUCAACAACAAAACUCAAUCACAUUUUUUUGUGAUUCUUCAAUGAGUAUCGAAUAUCUUCGUUCUCUUUCUUGUCACUUCUUGUGUGUAAUCAAAGAUAAUGCUAAAUUAGCGUUAACUGAUGGAACAAUAACCGAUGAUGAUCUGUCGUUAAUGGACAUUGUUGAAAACCUGACAGAAAUAGAGUUUCAACUCAGUACUCCACUAUGCUUGUCUUGUUCAAUUACAUGUUCAAAUCAUACGAUAGUAUUGCCUUGUCAAUUAAAUCAAACAAUCUCAUCACUGGUCAGUGAUUUGUUCAAUCAACUUUCGAUUCCAUUUGAUCAAAUGCAAACAUAUACAUUAUUUGCUUUGGGUACAGUGGAAAAUGAAAUCGAUGUCGAAUUAUCCAUUGAAGAUAUAAAAGAUUUAUUUCCUUCGUCAACUUCAACGAUUAAGAUCGAACUGAGAAAAUGA